GCUGUAAAUCACUUGACAGUCAACACCAAUAGCAAUAGAAGAAGGUAGUCCUCCAUAAACCCUAAGGCUUAUCGCCUUUUCUUCUCCAUCUUCGCGCGGUUGUUUUCUUCGAGGAGGGCUUUUCGCCCUCUCUUCGAAUUCUUCUUGCCGCCGCCGCUUCCGUCGUUCAUCUAUUCAAUCUACAAACGUCCAGAGCUCUCAGUCGAUCUGGGCUCUCUGCAGGUUUAACUUCGAGAUGAGUAGUUCUUACAUCAUUCCUUAUCUGCUUGAGGGAUGCCACUUUUCUGAUGGUAUUGGUCGCUUUUAAAAAAUUCAUUGUCUAACUCCCUUCGAGUCUUGGAUUUUGACAUUGCUUUGGGUCAAAAUGAUUGCCACUGAAACCAUUGUACCGAGCAAAAAGCUGAAAAUUAAAUUUGCUGGUAAACGAGUUGAAGAUCAUCUGGGUUCACAAUCUUGUGAACUUGGGAAGCUUGUAGGCCAAAAAUUGUCUUUUAUGGGCAGGAAUGGGUUGAAGAUGGAUGGCAGUGGCACAUUCAAAUAUUCAUUGAAUGCUUUUAGUAAUGGUAAGACCGUUGCUGCUGCCUGUUGCAAGUCGAAAUCUUCUAUCACGAUCACUGAAAAGCGCAGAGCAACUGAGGAUAUAGAAUCUCCAAGAGAGAAGAAGCAGAAGUUGGACCGGGGUACUACACAACAAUGCUCUUCAAUUUUAAGAACACUUAUGACCCACCGAUUUGGUUGGGUUUUCAACCAGCCUGUGGAUCCUGUGGCAUUGAAGAUUCCUGAUUACUUCUCAAUCAUCACUGAUCCUAUGGAUUUGGGAACUGUUAAAUCCAAACUAGAGAGAAAUUUGUAUCAGGCAAGUGAAGAAUUUGCAGCUGAUAUUAGACUGACAUUUUCUAAUGCCAUGCUUUACAAUCCUCCUGGUAACCAUGUUCAUAAGAUAGCAAAGGAGCUGCUCGAAAUUUUUGAGAAGAAGUGGAGACUGCCAAAGGAAAAAUGGGUUGGUGGAAGAUCAAAUUUUCAGCGAGAAAAACCUUCAAAUGGACCACCAGGAGAAAAGAUUUCCCGAACUCCAUCAUCACAUGGUUCUUUAUUGAAUAAAAAGUCGACAGGACCUGAAGAGAAUGUUAGUAAGCCACCUUCAAAUGUAAAUGGUGCUGAGGUUGAUCGUGCUAAAACACUUCCAACUUGUGCACCCAAGCCUCCCAGGAAGAACUUUCAUACAGAAACUGGCAGUAAACAUGCUUCUAGCUCCUUUGACAAGCAAACAGCGAGACAUAAGUGUAUGGGAAGUGGUAGCAUGGCAUGCCACUGCUGCUCUUCUUCCAAUUUAGGCCAUGCAUCCUCUGGUGGAGAAAAUCCAGGGGUCAAUGAUCCUUGCAGACGGGAUUCUCAAACAAGUAGCUUGUCAGCUUCCCAUACGUCCAAGUCAGAUACAGAUUCCGAUGGGAUUAGAAGUGUUUUGGAGGAUGAAGGAAAACCUCCUUGUGAUCAGUCUUUGACCUGUGGGGCAAAUUUUACUGCAGAAUCGUGCUCUACCCCAAUUUUUGAUGUACAACUUUCACCCAAAAAGGCUCUUCGUGCUGCAAUGCUGAAGAGUCGCUUUGCUGAAACUAUUUUGAAAGCACAACAGAAGACACUUCUUGAUCUUGGUGAUAAAGUUGAUCAACUGAAGAUUCAACAAGAGAAGGAGAGAUUAGAAAGGAAGCAGCGUGAAGAGAGAGAACGUAUAGAAGCACAAAUAAAGGCUGCUGACACGGCCUUGCGAUUAAAAGCAGAGGCCGAGAAGAAACAGCAGCGAGAAAGAGACAGAGAAGCUGCUCGCAUUGCUCUUCAGAAGAUCGAAAGAACUGUUGAUCUGGACCAAAAUCUUGAGAUUCUAAAGGAGCUGGAAGAGCUCUGUGGAGGAUUCUUAUUCCUCCAAUAUCAUCACCGUGCAAUGGUGAGUAGGUCAUUAGAUGAGGGCCAGUUGGAAAACCCAUUAGAACGACUCGGUUUGUUUAUCAAGGAUGAAUUCCUGGACGACGAUGAUGAAACCAUCUACAGUGAAAUUUUUUCCAGAAGUUGAGGAGGGGGGUUCCUGAUAUUUGUUUUGUUUUAUCAAGCUAAGUAUUUUGACUGCUGCUUGCCCGUCUGGUGCGUGGGAAUCAGUAUAUUUGUAAAUGUUAUUCAUAUUUGGUUGGGUUAGAAUAUAGGACUUUUCGAUUACUAUAACUUAGUAGAAUAGAGGUGAUGUAUAGCUCCAAGUUCUGUGGAUGGGAAACAGAACAAAAGAAACAAGGGCCCCCCCUCUUCCCCCCCCCCCCCCCAAAAAAAAAAAUAAUAAUAAAAAAAGAGAAUAAAAUGAUAGUAGUAGGGUGGAACCGACAUUUCAUAGAACAUUGAUUUGGUCUGCUUUUAUUGUAAGUUGCAGGUUAAAUUACAAUUUGUUUAUACUUUGUUCA